GGUAAAUACGGAAGUGAUGGUCAUAUUCACGCCACGACUUGGCUUCUGCCCUGCCAACUGAGACAUAAGACAGAAAAAAAAAAGAUCUGGAAUGGCCAAGUCCGCGUAGAAGAUCACGCCGUGAGCAGACAUGAAAUCUGUGUUUGUUACUGUGGGCACGACAAGCUUUGACGACCUCAUCAAGGAAAUCACCUCCAUUGAGGCCAUUAAGGCAUUAAAGCAUCGCGGCUAUGAACGUUUGGUUCUCCAGGUGGGAAGAGGUGCCGUUCUGCCGGAUCCUAAGAACUUUCCGCACGUCACCAUGGAGGUUUUUCGCUUCAAGGACUCCAUAGCCAGGGACAUGGAACAGGCAGAUCUCAUCGUCAGUCAUGCGGGGGCCGGAAGUUGCUUGGAAGCACUGGGCGCUGGCAAAGCCCUGCUGGUGGUGGUCAAUGACAAGCUGAUGGACAACCACCAGGUGGAACUGGCCCGACAGCUGCACAAGGACUCGCACUUGCUCUACUGCACUUGCCUAACGCUGACAGAAACCCUGAAGAACAUGGACCUUUCCGUCCUUCAGCCUUUUGUGCCGGGUCAGCCAAAGAAAUUUGCAGACUUUAUGGACAAAGCACUUGGACUCAAGCUGGGUGAAGAUCCCGUGCCACUUUCAAGUGACAGCAGAAACAAACGCAUCCCAUUACGAGUGCCUUGGUAUCAUGUCAAAUCUGAAAGACCUCGCACCAGUAAAGGCAAUGAAGCAUCAUACUCAUAGAUCACUUCCUACACUUCUCAGCAUGUAAAAAUACACAUACAGUCAGUCAACCUUUGCUUGGCAAUGCAUCAUAUACUGUAGUGACCACAUUAUAAAAAAAAUAAUUGCUGGUUUUACCAUACCAACACCCUUUAAAGAUUUAGGCUUAUUGAAAACACACUUUUAAAGUAUUGGUUAGUGCGUGUUCUUAUUCUCGCCCUAAUCAUUUAACAUCACUUAGAGGAAAAAGAGACUUCUUUAUCCUGUACAAAUGAGAGGCACGAUGUGCUUGCCUCCAGUUGAAGUUGAUUGUAAAACUGAUACAUCCCAAAAGUAAACAUUACUCAUAUUAUUUUGUCUAACAAAGGUUUGCGAGCAUGUUAAUAGAUAGCAGAAAACAUUAUUGGACGGGCUAACAGAAAUGUGCAUGUUGGGGGUAUCAUGUCGCUCAAUUUUUUUUUUUUUUUAAGACAACUGUUGAUCAGGCUUUUGCUGAUGAUGAUCGCAAGGAAGAGAAAUGCUCACAUUUUGCUUACGUAUGGCUUUGAUUGAGAUAUUUCCAACUCUCUUAAUUCAGCACAGAGAAUAAUAAUAUUAAGCACUUGAGUCCCACCCCCACCUAGCUAGCAGAUGGCUCCUAACUGAUUGUUAGCCGUCUGCUUGUUCAGACCGGUUCUGCCAGCCUGUUCAAUAGGAUCCACAUGAUGUUUGCGCAAAGCCUCAAGUAAUUUAAUAAAGGUGGACACUCGCUCUUUCUCUCACGCUGUCGUGCGUGACGGCUAUUUUGUUUUUUCCCCUCCUUCCAUUGCGCUUCUUUUGACAUUUUGCAUUGCUGCCAGACAGUGAGUUGGUUGUACGAAGCAACUAGAAUAGAAUAGAUCUUUAUUGUCAUUGUCACACAUGUACAACGAAAUUUAAACUCUAUGUACACACACACACUUUUAUUUGGGGGGGGGGGCACAAUGACAGGAGUUGAAGGCUUACUGUACGGCUGUACUGUUAUUUAUAAUAAAUGGAUUUUUUUUUA